AUGGAGGCUGGAGGCCUGAUUUCCGAGGCUGCCUGGACCAUGUUUGACUUACCGCCGCAGGGCGAGGAGUCGGAUAUCAUGGCACAGUUGCUAGGCACCUUCCCCUCCCACGCCGAGGAAGGCCACCAGGAUCUUCCUUGGUACCAGCCUUCCCAGCAAUCCUACUAUGAGUGUAAUCCUAACCCAAGUGCAUGUAGUGACAGCAACACUAGUAGCCUUGGUGUCCCAUCAGAGUGUAUGAGCUACUAUUUGGGUGACUCCGGUGAGACCCUGGGCAUCAGCUCCUGCAUUGCAUCAGAUGGCCUCAACUUGGUCCAGGAGCAAGGUGCAACUGAGUAUCUGAAUAUGAUCCCAGACAUUUCCCAUGAUUUAUAUGGGAAUGGUGAGUCCAGCUGCGAGGAUCUCGAUUCAGUCGGUGGUACUAACAAGAGAAAGCACUCGACUAAAGAAGAAAUCAACGGCCAAGCAAAGGGUCGGAAGCAGUGCGCAAGAAAGGCUGAACCGAAGCGAGCAAAGAAGGCCAAGCAAACCGAAGCGAGCUGCUGCACCUCUGACAAUGACUCGAAUGUUUCUCAAGAGUCAGCAGAAGCUGGCGAUGUUAGUCCGAAAGGCAAGGCCCGGGCUGGCCGUGGAGCCGCAACUGAUCCCCAGAGCCUCUAUGCAAGGAAGAGGAGGGAGAGGAUCAAUGAGAGGCUGAAGACACUGCAGACCCUAGUGCCCAACGGAACUAAAGUAGAUAUGAGCACCAUGCUUGAAGAGGCAGUUCAGUAUGUGAAGUUUCUGCAGCUUCAGAUCAAGGUCCUGAGCUCCGAUGAAAUGUGGAUGUACGCACCGAUUGCGUACAACGGGAUGAACAUUGGACUUGAUCUGAACAUGUAG